AUGGCAGAGCUGAAUCCUGAGGGAGGCCAGUCUGUUGAGGCUUUGAUCCUCGACGAGAAGCUUGCCAAAAUCAGAACUCAGGUCAAUUCGAAACUCGAUAACCAGAAGAAUCUGGCUCUCAUUUUAUCUGCGGUCGAGGAGAAUAUCACAGAGCAGGGAAACGAGAAGACGUCAGUGGCUUACUUUGUUUCUUUUCUUUCUCUUCUCGAGCUGUCUAUAUCGGAGGAUGAAAUUGCAGAUGCCAACGUUGCGAUGGCUGCAGCCUAUUUCUUGGACUUGGUCAUCCCAUCCACACCAGCAGCACUUUUGAAGCAAAAGUUCGCUCAGAUCUUAAGCAAAUUGGCGCCGAUCUUGACAAACGAAGAAGCAGGUGCUCCACUACUUAGGUCUGCAAUCGGGGCUUUGGAAGGCUUGUUGUUGGCUCAAGAUCAUCCCCUGUGGCAGUCUUCUGGAAACGUCUCACCGAAGAGAGCCCUCAUCGGGUUGCUAGAGUUGGCCUUUGAUGCUCGUCCCAAGGUCAGAAAGAGAGCUCAGGAAGCUGUUCAGAAAGUUCUUUCACACCCUCCAGCGUCACCUUCUCCUACACAUGUGGCUGCCGGCCUUUGUGGCGAGCUUGCCUUGAAGAGAUUGGCUGCCCUCCUUUCAGAAGCACCCAAGUCGAAGAGAGCAGAAAAGAACAAAGAGUCCAACGCUACGAUCAUCCACUGUUUACAACUUAUCACUGCCAUCACUUCAGCAAACGCUUGGCCCGCUUCCCAUAUCGAGAAACUAUGUGACGUCUUGCUUGAAGUCUCAAAGACCUCAGACCAGUUCUUGGUUUCCGCUGCAUUCGAUGGCUUCAAUGGUUUGUUCGUGUCUAUGACAAACGAAAUUGACACAGAAAAAUUCACCCGAGUACUCGAUAUUAUCUUUGAUUUAAAACCUCCUGUGGACGACGCUCACUUGGCAGCUUCCUGGCUUGCUGUUGUUGCAAAAGGCACAGAGUCUUUUGCCAAGGUUCUGCCUGAGCUUUCAAUACAGAGAAUCCAAAAACUGUUUCCCGUCAUUGCUGAAUUCCUCUUGUCGGAAAACAAGAACAUCUACACUUCUGCAUCUCAGUGUAUGAUUGCAAUCCUUAGUGAAGGUCUUCCGGACAUGUAUUUGCUUCAGCGCUCGGCUGAAUACAACAUCACUCCAGAAAUAUAUGAAAAGGUUGAUGAUAUGAUCACGACAAUCGCUGAAUAUAUCGAGAAGGAGUUGCUCACGAUCAAGUACCAGCAUGCCACCAGAGUCAUCCUCGAAUUCUUGACUGCCGCUGUACUCAAGCUCAGAUCGAGAACUAACCCAGACUUUCUUACCAUUCUUAGAACCGUUGGCGAAUGGAGGUCCAAUGAGGACAUGAAUUUCCCUUACAACAGAGAGGCAGAGGACUUUAUCGCUGCCUGCAUUUCUAGCAUGGGACCGGAGGCUGUUCUAGCAGAGCUUCCUCUUAAUCUUACAGGCUCCAACGAUGGAGAGCCUGGAAGGGCCUGGCUAUUACCUAUUUUGAGAGAUAACGUGCGCUUCGCUUCGUUGCAAUAUUACAAACAAAACAUCUUGCCUCUUGCAGCUGUCUUCGAGGAGAAGGUUGCGAAUGCUUCAAACAAGGAGGCCAUGCAUAUCAAAAUUUUCCAAACAAUCAUCGACCAGAUAUGGUCUUUGCUCCCUCAUUUCUGUGAUCUCCCCACAGAUUUAAGGAGAGCGUUUGAUAACGAGUUUGCCGGUCAAUUAAGUGACUUGCUUUACUCAAAUGUUAAGCUGAGAGUCAUUAUUUGCCAUGCCUUGCGUUUGUUGGCAGAGUCGAACCUUGUAUACAGCAAGGGUGCUCUUUCAGAUGACCCAUUGAUGAUACAGACUUUCCCCAUCAAAGAAGCAGAAGAAAAUUUAAAGCAUUUGUCAUCCAUGGCUAACAACCUUGUACUGGUCCUCUUCAAUGUCUACGUGAAUACCAUUGCUGAGGCAAGAGGUUUCAUAUUGGAAACGAUUGAUAUGUAUUUGCAACUCAUUCCAGCCAAUGAAUUGAAGAUCUUGUUGGAAAAAGUGUUCGAGAACUUGCACACUUCGAUACAGAUGGACGAGUCUGAGCUUCAGCAGAACCAAAAGAAGGACCAACCACCUCCACAGAGUGUAUCAAUGAUGGAUUUGGUCGUUGCUAUGGCCAAGUAUGCGCCUGAGGACUCAUACAAUGGUUUAUUCAAUGUGUUUGUCUUCGGUGUGAAAAGAGAAAACAAUGCCAAUAUUCAGAAGAGGUCUUACAGAAUUAUCUCUAAGCUCAAUGAAUCAGAGUCCGGCCGGAAUGCUAUCAGGAAGUUCCUUUCAGAUAUUGAGAACGUCUUCUUGCAAACGAUAAGCAGCACGCAUACUUCUUCCAGAACUAAUAGAUUGGCUGCACUUACAGUAAUCAUGGAUAUGCUUCCAGUUUCCGAUUUGCACUUCAUUCCUGCCAUUUUGCAAGAGAUCAUUAUGUCCACCAAGGAUGUCAACGAAAAGUCUCGCGAAGCUGCUUUCAAUCUUUUGGUCCAGAUGGGUAAGAAGAUGGCCGAGGGCGGAAUUAUCAGAAAUGAUUUGAUUCCCGACUUUGGACCUGAUGCCGAACCUUCGCAGGCCAGUUUGACCGAGUAUUUCACCAUGGUGAGUGCUGGUUUGGCUGGGCAGAGUCAGCAUAUGAUUUCUGCCACCAUCACGGCACUCUCGUGCUUGAUGUUCGAGUUCAAAGACCAAUUGCCUCAAGAAACGUUGAUUGAACUUGCCUCAACAGUCGAGUUGUUCUUGACCCACAAUUCUAGAGAAAUCGCCAAGUCUGCUAUUGGUUUCGUAAAAGUGGAGGUUCUCUCGUUGCCAGAGGAUCUUGUUCGUUCCAACUUAUCUGAGAUGUUGACCAAGUUGAUGAGAUGGUCACACGAGCACAAAGACCACUUCAAGUCGAAGGUGAAGCACAUUGUGGAAAGAUUGAUCAGGAAGUUCGGCGUCGAGGAAGUGGAGAAAGCUAUGCCUGAGGAAGAUAGAAAACUUGUUGCCAACAUCAGAAAGACAAGGAACAGAGCGAAGAAGCAUAAGGAUGCAGAUGAAGAGGGCGCCCAGAAGCAGGGAAAGAAAUUCAUGUCUGCUUAUGAAGAGGCUAUUCACGACUCAGAAUCAGAAGACGAGAACGAAGACGAGAGACCUACCAGGGCUGGCAAGAGAAACAAGGGCGGUGAUAUGUACAUUUUGGAGGACGCGGAUGAGCCCUUGAACUUGUUGGACCGCCAAACAUUAGCCCGUAUUUCUUCUUCCAAACCAAAGAAGUUUACAAAGAAAGACGCUAAGAAUGAGCAAGUUGAGAUGAGAAACGGCAAGAUUGUGUUCAAGGAGAUGACUGACGAGGACCCACUCGCCAAGGAAGGUUCUGGAAUCGAUGCAUACUUGGACGCUGUCAAGCAAGCACCUGUGAGAGGCCAGAAGAAUAAGUUGAAGUUCAAGAAGAGCAAGAAUGAGGACGAUUGGUCUGACGACGAACAAGAGGAGGCCAAACCCGCGAGGGAACUGACUCGCAAGACUCUAGGUAAGGGCAACAGAGUGGGCAAGCCAGCCAAAAAGCAGAAAUUUAAAGCUAGAAAGAAGCUCUAA